AGGACAUGAAGGUUCUCACUUGAAGUCCAUACCUCUCUCUGUAUCAUUGUAACCAGUAUGAUGGUUUACUUGUCAAAUACACAACCUUUACGUCUUCUUCUUCUUCUUCUUUAUUUUCCUUGUCUUUCAAAGUGUUCGACAGCCCAAACACGCGAGGAGUCCAACGGUGCGCCCCAUACCUUCUCCACUUGGUCGGCUAGUCUACCUAGUUUUCCAGCCGAUAUUGGUUGAUCAGCGUCCCUCUCUCAUUGCCUUUCGCUAGGGACGAAAUACUGCGUACGGACUGGUACUCCGCAUUACAUAUCCGUAAGCCUUGGCUGACCCUUCACCACGGGGGUAAACGGGGUUGUCGUCCGAAGUAGCUUUCAAUGGCUCCCUCCAGUGCUACAUGAUAGCAUCGUGGGCUACCAUCCUGCCCGUGGGAACCGCGAUUGGCGUGGGCCCGUCUCUGUCUGCUCGAGGCAUGAUACUGUACAUCAGUCACUACCUAGACAAUCCCAGCUCGUCACUGUCCGAUUACACGCCACAUCCCACAUUAACACCCCGCAUCACUUCACAGCUCGCACCGACGCGCGCUGUGCUCUAUGUGGUGACCGCCAUCUCUGCCUACCAGACAACUCUGCAGGCUGCUUAUGCGCGACCUCCUCGAAACGGCAAAGCUCCGAUUCCCUGCUACUGCUUCUGCUUUUGCGAGCCCCCGCCACAGCGGACUUGAGAGAAUCGCCCUCGCAGAACAAACGCCGCUUCGUCCCCGAGGCCUCAAUCGGGGCCUC